ACUGCUUUUAACUUGAUCAGCAUGGUCCAGUCUUAAAUUCUUUUUGUUUUAUGACAAACUUCUUAUGCAGCAAUCCUGGUCUUUUUGUUACAUUUCUGCUAAGUUUUAUUAUGAAGAUCUCUUGCCAGUUCCAAAUGAAAUAAUCUCUUGUGCCUGCAAAUGGAGGAACGAUGUUUAGGAUUCUCAGCAAAGAAACGUAGGAAUUUACCAGGUAAUCUAUUCGCUGUUUACUGGUAUAUGUUACAACUCCACCUGUGAUGUUAUGGGAGGUCCUUGGAUGAUGUAACAUAGUAUAUUGCUCCACUUUUACUAGUGCUUAAAGGCUGAAAUUCAUGUUGCCAGGUGAACGAAUGACAAGAGAAAGAAAGAUUUUUGGUCAUACUAUCAACUUCUUGUCCUGUUGAUCAGAUCUGAAGAAGAGAGAAAAUGUUCCCGCCCCAGAGAUCUCUGCAGAUGGUUACAUUUUUGGCAAUGAUUUUUUUUGCCUGUUUUGCGACAUCUCAAGACACUGAAAAUAAAAGAGCAGUGACGGAGCAUCAGCUCAUGCAUGACAAAGGGAGGGCAUUUCAAGGGCUGAAGCGCCUGAUGUGGCUCUACAAUGCUCUAGGUAGUGUGCACACAGCCAGCAGCAGGGCUAUUUCACUUUCAGAUGCCAUGUGGGAUUCACAGAAGAGCCAAGAUCUCUAUGACAGCAUCGGCAGAGGUGAGGCUUCAAGCCUGAUGAAGCAGCUGUUUGAACUGAGAGGAAAUGAGCAAGGCUUCCCCCUGUUGAAGAAGCUGGAUUUGCUGCAGUAUCUGAAGACCCCAAAGGGUAAUUGGAACCCACAAGACAUUUUUGACCUCCUUCAAAUCAAAGAGCUGGUCAGAAAGGGAAAUCCCAUUAUCCAGCCACAGAACUUUUCCCACUAGCCUCAAUCCAGCUCAGUCUAUCGCUUUAGACAUUUGAUGUAACGAAAAACUCUAGUGCAAAGGUGAACUGCAAAAGAAAAAUGUUGUCCAUCUGUUCCAUUAAUUAUUCCUAAAUGUUGAACAGAGAGCCUUUUAAGGAACUGGGUUCCCUCCCUUGCAGGCAGUUUGAGUACUGUGAUUGUGAGAUGGGGCGAUUUUUAACAGGCCAGAAAUCUUCCUUUCUAUAUCAGGGCCCUAUCUGUCUGUUAUCAGUAUGUUAGGGCUGUGGCAGCUCUUUCUAGACCCAAAGCUACAGCCCAGGCAUGUCAGGAAGUCUGGUUCAUUAAUCUGCAUGUUCACAGGCUCACUUUCAGUUCACUGUUUUGACUUCCAAGAAAGCAGUUAUCUCCUAGUAUGAUUGUCUUCUAUUUCACACCUGCCUGCAGUUCUGCCCCUGCUCUGCAGUAGUAAGACUUCGUUUACACUUUAGGUCCAAAUGAUUAUUUUUUUCCUGCUUCUCUAUUGCUUAGAGUGUUCUAAGAAUUCUCUUAUCUUUCAUGUUUUCCUUCAGGGGGCAAACUUUUGCCAGGCCACAGAGGUUGCUAAUCCCACCAUUCCCAGCCUAAGCACUAGAUAUUCACCUUCUUCUGCUGGUGAAAGAGAUAAGAAUCAGCUUCCAGAUUCCAUAUUUGAGCCUUUAAUUUGAAGACUUUCUACUUUUUCCCUGUUUCUGUGAAAACCCCUCCAAGAGCUCCCACAGCAUAUUACAUUUUCUGGGCAGAAAAACAACUUUUUGAUGCGACCUGCAUUACCUGAAGGAGAAACAGAUAGCACAUGAUUCUAUUUUGCUAUUCACCUUUAAUGUCAAAGUGAUCAGCUCUCCCUAAGCAAAGCAAAGUCCAGUUUAACUGCAAAAUCAGUCUUUCAGAAAUGAAAUCUGUCAAUUGUGUUACAAAUAUAUCUGCAUUUCCAUUACAUGGGGACUAUACACACCAUUUUAAAUCUUGAAAUUCCUCUGCUGCUGAUGGACUUCAACUGCAUGUGCAGAGGGUAUUUCUCAGUGAUAGAUUCAGACCCCAAGAACUCCUUGAUGUUGUCAAUAAUAAAAACAUUUUCGC